CACAAGCGGGGCUCCCCUUUCCCCUUACCCCUGGCUUCCUCAGAGUUGGGCAGAGGAACUAGAGGGAAAAUCCACCUUCCCAAGCACAGCUAUAACAUCCACCUGACUCGACUACUUGUCAAGUUCACUACCAACACAAAGGGGGCCCAGAAAAUCAAGAAAGUAUGUCGAGUGAUGAUAAAAAUAAAUCUAGCGAACCCAAGAAUGAGCUCAAGAACUGUGAUCCCAAGUGUGAACAAAAGUGUGAGACCAAAUGCCAGCCCAGCUGUUUAAAGAAGCUGCUGCAACGGUGCUCUGAAAAGUGCCCACGGGAGAAGUGCCCAGUGCCACCAAAGUGCCAGCCAUGCCCCCCGCCGUGCCCUCCGCCAUGCCCACCUCCCUGCCCUCCCAAGCCCUGUUGCAAACCCUGUCCUCCUAAAUGCCCACCACCCUGCCCACCCCCAGAAUGAGGUACCAAGAGCAUCACCAGCCCACCACCUCCAUCAUCUCCACCAUGAUCACCACCUUGGGGCUGAGAGCUAAAGCCAUGAACUGACAAGUAAAUGUGUUCCUCUGCUGUGCAAGA